AUGAGCGCGCAACAAGCGGUGUUUAAAAUCGCGAAAAUCUCAUCGUAUCCAAAGUCGUUUUCAUCGUCGUCGACGCGGAGAGUUUCGGGCGUUUUAAGAAGAAGUUUUAGUUCUGUGACCACGAAAGCAACGGCAAGUAUGAGUUUACCCGGGAAGAAGCUGGAGAACAUCGUGAAACCGGUGCCGUCGGAUAUCGAGGUGGCGCAAGCCGCGACGCCUCUUCGCAUCUCUCACGUGUUGGAGCAGUGUAAAGUUUCCAUGGAGGAAUACGAGCCGUACGGGCAUUACAAGGCGAAAAUUUCCGAUAAGAUCUCAAAGAAAAUGACGGAAGAGAAUAAAGGACACUACGUGGUCGUUGCUGGGAUUACGCCGACGCCGUUGGGGGAAGGGAAGUCGACGACGACGAUUGGAUUGGUGCAAGCGUUGGGCGCGCAUUUGGAGAAAUUCGCCGUGGCGUGCAUUCGACAGCCGUCGAUGGGUCCGACUUUUGGUAUCAAAGGCGGUGCCGCUGGAGGCGGGUACUCUCAGGUCAUCCCCAUGGAAGAAAUGAACAUGCAUUUGACCGGAGACAUUCACGCGAUAGGUAUCGCGACGAACUUGAUUGCCGCCGCGGUGGAUACGAGGAUGUUUCACGAAAACACGCAAAGCGACGAGGCUUUGUUUAAGAGGUUGUUUCCGCCAAACAAGAAAGGCGAGAGAAAGAUUGCCAGAAACAUGACCAGACGAUUGAAACGUUUAGGUAUUGAGAAGACCAACCCGGACGAAUGGUCGGAAAAGGAACGAUCGAAAUUUGUUCGAUUGGAUUUGGACGCCGAUAAAGUCACGUGGAGAAGAGUCGUCGAUAUGAACGAUCGAUUUUUAAGACAAAUAACGAUUGGUGAGUCGCCGACGGAGAAAGGCCAAACGAGACAAACCGGGUUUGAUAUCACGGUCGCCUCGGAAGUUAUGGCGGUGUUGGCCAUGUGCACGAGCUUGGAAGAUAUGGACGAGAGGUUCGGGAAGAUGAUUGUCGGAACGAGCAAAUCGGGCGAGGCGGUGAACUGCGACGAUUUGGGCGUCACUGGUGCGGUCACGGCGUUGAUGUUGGAAGCGAUUAAACCGACGAUGAUGCAAACUUUGGAAGGAACGCCGGUGUUGAUUCACGCUGGUCCGUUCGCGAACAUCGCGACUGGGAACUCCUCCGUUAUCGCCGAUAAGAUUGCGUUGUCGAUGGUCGGUAAAGACGGAUUCGUGGUCACGGAAGCCGGUUUUGGCGCCGAUAUUGGUUUGGAAAAGUUUGUCAACUUAAAGUGCCGAUCCUCAGGGCUUAAACCAAACUGUGCGGUUAUUGUUGCCACGGUUCGUGCGUUGAAAUGCCACGGCGGCGGGCCGGCGGUACAAGCGGGUAAGCCCCUCGAUUUCGCGUACUUGGAAGAAAACGUGAACAUGGUCAAAGACGGGUGCUCGAACUUGACCAGACACAUCGAAAACACGAGAUCGUUUGGAAUUCCAGUGGUUAUUGCGAUUAACGCGUUCCCGACGGAUACGCCGGCGGAACACGAAGCGAUUAGACAAGCUGCGUUAGCGGCGGGCGCGUCUGCAGUUGAAAUUUGCACGCACCACGCCGAAGGCGGGUUGGGCGCCACCGAGUUGGGCAAAGCUGUCACGAGAGUGUGCGAGGAAAACGCGAGCGCGAGCGAGUUUAAGCUCGGUUACAGCACGGAAGACAUGAGCAUCGAAGAGAAAGUGGAACACAUCGCGAAGGAAUACUACAGAGCCGGCGGGGUGGAGUUUUCCGAGCAAGCGAAAGAGAAGAUUGCUUUGUUCACGGAACAAGGUUUCGGCCACUUGCCGGUGUGCAUGGCCAAGACGCAAUACUCGUUCUCGCACGACGCGAACAUGAAAGGCGCGCCGGCUGGAUUCACGUUACCGAUUGGUGACUUGCGAUUAUCCGCCGGGGCUGGCUUUUUAGUACCGCUCGUCGGCGCGUUCCCUACCAUCCCGGGGUUACCGACCAGACCGGCGUAUUACGAGAUUAGCGUCGACACGGAAACCGAACAAAUCAUGGGUUUGAGUUAA